UUGCCGCUCAAAAUAAUAACAAUCUUUUGGUGUUGUGCAUGUUAAUCGGUUUUUAGUGCAUAAGUACGAUUCAUUGAGUCAUGUGAGAUUUCUGAAGUGAAGUGUCUGUCGGAUUGGCUGCAAUUUUUUAUAGAAGACUGUUAUUAUUUGGUGAAAUGGAGGAGUCUGUGAUGAAAUUCGAUAUCAAGGAGGUUAAGAUCGACACUCUGCGGGCGAUAUCGGAGUGCUCCCAGCGAGGAUUAUUGAACUCAACGAAAUGGUUAUCCGAGUUAAACUACUCUCUCCGCGACAUAAAGUUGGACGGUCACGACAUGACCCAAGACAUAAGCCUAGUAGAAACCUGCCUCGAAGACGACCAAUACAUCCUCGCGAAAAGUUACUUCGACCUAAAAGAAUACGACCGCGCCGCGUACUUCAUAAAAUCCUGCAAGAGCCCAAAGACCCGUUUCCUCUACCUGUAUUCUCGCUACCUCUCCGGCGAGAAAAAGAAGAUCUACGACAUGACAGACGUUCCCCCCGACCCCCUAAAGAACGAGGAGCUCAAGCUGCUCUCCAGCGACCUGCGAAAGGACCACAUGUCCGGUCAACUGGACGGUUUCGGCCUGUACCUCUUCGGCGUAACCCUGAAGAACUUACGAUUGACCCACGAGGCUGUUGACGUCCUGGUGGAGUCGACCCACAAGUACCCGAUGCACUGGGGCACGUGGUUGGAGCUAGCAGGUCUGAUAAACGACAAGGAGAAGCUAGACAGCCUGACCCUUCCAAACCACUGGAUGAAGCACUUCUUCAUGGCGCACAUGUUUCUGGAGCUUCAACUUCUGGACGAGGGUCUAGCCCUCUACUGCGAGCUGCAGUCCAUGGGUUUCGAGAAGAACGGUUACGUCCUGGCGCAGACAGCAAUAGCAGUUCAUUAUCGAAGAGACGCUGAGAAUGCAAUCGAAACGUUCAAGAAGAUCAUCAAGGAUGAUCCUUACUGUCUAGACAACAUGGACACCUACUCAAAUCUGCUUUACGUCAAGGAGAUGAGGGUGGAGUUGGCUGAUCUUGCCCAUCGUGCCACCGCCAUCGACAAGUACAGGCUGGAGACUUGCUGCAUUGUUGGGAAUUAUUACAGCCUGAGGGCUGACCACCAGAAGGCUGUCAUGUAUUUUCACAGGGCGUUGAAGCUGAAUCCUCAAUAUCUGUCGGCUUGGACACUUUUGGGACACGAGUUCAUGGAGUUGAAGAACACUAAUGGAGCUAUUCACAGCUAUCGACAGGCUAUCGAGGUCAACAGGAGGGAUUAUCGUGCCUGGUAUGGGCUCGGGCAAACCUAUGAGAUCCUCAAAAUGCCUUUCUACGGGCUUUAUUAUUACAAACAGGCGCAGAGGCUGAGGCCACACGACAGCAGGAUGAUUCUUGCUCUCGGGGAGGCGUAUGAGAAGCAGGACAAAAUACAGGACGCGCUCAAGUGCUAUUACAAGGCGUGCAAUGUCGGGGAUAUCGAGGGAAUGGCGCUAAUUAGACUCGCUACCCUUUAUGAGAAUUUGAAUGAGGAGGAACAUGCCGCUGCGGCGUACAGCGACUUUGUGAUGGAUGAGUUUAGGAGCGCUGAUAGAACAGAGUUGAGCCAUGCGUACAAGUUUUUGACGCAGUAUCAUUUGAAGAGGGAACAAUUGGAUCAGGCUAAUCAUUAUGCGCAGAAGUGUCUGCAGUUUGAUGAGACUAAGGAGGAGGCUAAGGCGUUGUUGAGGACUAUUGCGCAGAAGAGGAUCAAGGUGGAGGAGAUGAUUGUUAUUGAGGACAUGAAUGAGACUGACCCCGUGGGCGAGCGAAGUGCCCAGGUGGAGAACACCCCGGGGAGUCAAUCCUCCCCGAUGAACCUGUCGUUCACCCCCACCCAGUGAACACCAGCUCUGCAAUUAAUUUAUAAACUGUUCUGUUAUGAAUUAAACAAUUACCAUUGAACGAUUUUUGUAA